AUGAAGGGAUCCCUCUUUGUACUCCAAUUCAUUGCCAUCGCGGCACUAGCUGCUGUUCAACUUCCCCGUGGGUGGUUCACCAUACAACCUACCGAAAAGAUCAAGCCUGGCAAGUUUCAAGGCAAGCCAAGAUAUUUAACAUGGAUGGCCGACUCCCAAAUUCAACACGGCGUUGAGCCCACGCUCGCCUAUACGGUGUCUGCCUUUUACUCUGGAGUACUUUUAGCCUAUGAACGAACUGGCGAUAAAAAGUACUUUGACUAUGUCAAACACGGAGCCGACAUUCUUCUCUAUCCAGAGCAUGACGGAACAGUGCUGUUUUACAACAACAGCAACUCAAUCGACGAUAUCCGGAUUGGUCAUACAUUCCUCGACAUGUUCAAUGCUACUGGCGAUGAGAUCUACAAGAAGGCUGCAACCCACAUGAGGAACCAAAUUGACCGGACCGGCCGCACUCCUGAGGGAGGAUUCUAUCAUCGAUACCCAGGAUACAUCGACCAGAUGUGGUUGGAUGGAAUCUACAUGCUGGAUGUCUUUUACGCUCGCUGGACAUAUGAGUUUGAGCCCGACAACACAACCGCUUGGGAUGAUAUUGCCCUGCAAUUUGAUGUCAUCAACAAAGUCACCACUUCAAGCAACCAUACCAACGGAUUACCAGUCCAUGGGUUUGAUGCCGGCAAGACACAGGUAUGGGCUGAUCCUAUUACGGGAGCUGCCCCUCACGUCUGGGGUAGAGCUGUUGGAUGGUAUAUCAUGGCCCUGGUAGACACUCUGGAUUACUUUCCUGAGAGUCACAGUGGACGAAAGCGUCUAAUUUCCUACCUCAAGUCUCUGAUCGAUGCAAUUGUCGCAGCACAAGAUCCGAAAACCAAGGGAUGGUGGCUGAUCAUGGACCCUGAGCUUGCUGGUGUACAUGGCAACUACAUUGAAAGCUCAGGAUCGGCCAUGUGCGUCAAUGGGCUACUCAAAGCCCUCCGAAUGGGUUACAUUAGUGGUAAAAAGUAUACCAAGGCUGCCUUGGACGGAUACGAGUUGAUGAUAACCUCGUUUGCACAACCUAGAGGUCAUGGGGCUUUGGCUUGGGAAUGGACUGUGCAGACAGGAAGUUUGAGUUCCAACGGUACAUUUGAGUACUACGCCAGCAUGCCGCUCUUCCAAAAUGAUCUGAAAGGAGUUGCUCCAUUCCUCUUUGCUAGCUACGAGUACGAGCUGUUUUCCGGCAAGUCGUAA